AUGGCCCAUUUUCCCAACCACCGUGGAUGGAUGUACAACCGUUGUUAUAGCGGAAGGAGAGGUUUGAAGGAAUCUUUUGUCAUCGGAGUUGAAGAGUUUGUGGAGAUGGCUCGACGAUAUCAAUAUUAUGCUCUUGAUGGAGGGAUUCAAUGCCCAUGCAUUAAGUGCGAAUGUACAAGGAUUUUGAAAGAUGAAGACGUCAAAGUUCACCUAUACCAAAAAGGGUUCAUGCCUAAUUACACGGUUUGGACAUUUCACGGUGAAGAAAUUCCUUCCACCUCCACUGUAGCUGAAAAACGGCUUGCAUCAGGUUCGAAUAAUAUUAUACAUACAUCUGAGAUAGAUCAAUUUGCCUAUAUGCAAGAGAUCGUCGACAAUGUUCUUCGUCGACAUGCUGAACAAGAAGCAAACGAUAGUCAUGAUGAAGAGUCUCCAAAUGAAACCACUCAGAGGUUUUACAAUUUAUUGACAAAGGCAAAUCAACCUGUAUUUGAAGGUUCAUCUGAGUCUAAAUUGUCAGUAUGCAUUAGACUAAUGGCUGGUAAAUCUAAUUGGAACGUUCCCAAUCAAACAUUGGACUUCUUUACAAAAUUGAUUGGCAAAAAUGAUGCAUUGUUGGUUGAAUGCAAGUUUUGUGGCGCACCUCGAUAUCAUACGAUGCAUGCUGGAUGGAGGCAAAAAAAACCAAUUCCCAUAAAGCCCAUGUUCUACUUGCCUAUAAUUCCAAGAUUACAAAGAAUGUUUACUUCAAUGCAAACAUCAGAACACAUGACAUGGCAUGAUGGUAACAAAACUGAAGGAUUUUUGCGUCAUCAUUCUGAUGGUGAAGCUUGGAAGCACUUCAAUCGUAAACAUCCAUCCUUUGCUAGUGAACCGCGUAAUGUGAGACUUGGUCUAUGCUCUGAUGGGUUUACGCCGUACAUUCAGGCGUCUGCAUCACCAUAUUCAUGUUGGCCGGUGAUAGUUACCCCAUACAAUCUACCACCUGAGAUGUGUAUGACAAAGCCUUACAUGUUUUUAACGUGUAUAAUACCAGGUCCAUCUAAUCCCAAAUCAACGAUUGAUGUAUAUGUGGAACCUUUGAUUGAUGAUUUGAAGAAGCUAUGGAAUGGUAUUUGGACGUAUGAUGUUUCAAGGAAGCAAAAUUUCAUUAUGAGGGUAGCUUUGAUGUGGACUAUUAACGACUUCCCAGCCUAUGUGAUGUUAUCUGGUUGGAGCACGCAUGGUCGAUUAGCUUGUCCACAUUGCAUGGAGCAUACAAAGUCCUUCCAAUUGAGUUAUGGUCGGAAAAGUAGUUGGUUUGAUUGCCAUCGAUGUUUCUUGGCCAUUGAUCACCCCUUUAAAAGAAACAAAAAGGCAUUUCGCAAAGGGCAAGUCGAAACAUAUAUGCCCCCGCCAAAGUUGACUGGAUCACAUGUUUGGAGAAGAGUGAAAGACUUGUCAAAAGUCACUGAAUGUGGUCAGAAUAGGAUAGAAGGGUUUGGGAGUGACAUAAUUGGACUAAAAGAAGCAUAUUUUGGGAUCUUCCUUAUUGGAAAGACAACUUGCUAA